ACUUUACCCCUAUAUAAAAAAAAAAAAAAAAAAAUGUUUUAAUAAUAAAUGUUUUAUUUUAAAGGGAGCAGGUCAUCUCAUGGCCCCGACAUGUUAAGAUCACAUGACCGGCCAAAUGUUGCUUGAUCAAGUCACAUUUAUAUCUCUUUAUAUAAUACUGAUUGUUUCAAAGCAGCUUCACAAUAAUAAUCAAGGACAUAAAAGCUGCAAAGUUCUUCAAUUAUAAAAUAAAUAAAAUUUUAGCUGUAAAGCAACUUUAAGACAAUAAUGUCAUUAUUCAGCCCAAGUUCAAUGUUGGUUCAUUUUAUUUUAAAAUAAUGUGAAUGGUGCAGAGUUCAUCUCUGUAACUCCAUUUACUAGACAAUUAGCAUGUUUUGAUAAAGUAAAUGUGCCAUUUAGCUCCAAUCACAAAAUUACUGGCUUGAAUAGACCUACUUUUCACAGUUUCUUAACCAAAAGAAAACUUAUCUCUGAAUAAUAAAACAUGUCUUUUUUUGUGUGUGUUAUUUUGAGCCUCUUCUCCCCCAUAGAAAACCAUGAAGAAAAGGCUUGAUGUACUGCGACAGUUUUUAGAAGACCAAAUUCAGGCAUGUUACUUGACCCCACCCAUCUCUGACCCAAACCAGGUAAGAGGUAAAAAAAAAAAAAAAAAAAAAAAAAAAAACUCACUCUCUCUCAACGAAACCUGCACCCUGUGUCCUUCCUUACACUGAAAUCAGUUACAGAUGAAUAUGACGUAUAUUAAAUGGAUCUUGAGGCUGUUUACUGGUGUAAUACUAUUGAAUUGUGUGGUUCUGCUCUACUACAGGGAGCACAACACCUCUAGAGAUGAGACGGGAAAUGAUUUUUCACAGUUGCGCUGCACAACAGUCCGUCAGACAUUUUCCAUCAUCACACAAGCAAGCAUUAAUUUUAGUACUGAUAUGACAAGCUUCUCUGAGAAAGUCUCUGAGUUAUUGAGCUGCCCGUACAAGUCCAAUAUCACCCUGAAGGAGCUAAAUAGAGUAUCGUUGCGUUCCUGUUGUAAUGCCACAGGCAAUUUAUACCUGACAAAGCAAAACACAGAUGUGCAUCAAAUAAUUCCCUAUGAGUCUGACGUAUAUCCCAACUACAAAAUGAACAAAGCACUUCACAACAUGCUACCUGAGGCCUUUCCCUGGAAUGAGCAUCAUCUGGGUCAGUGUGCUGUGGUGGGCAGUGGAGGGAUUCUGAAGAACAGUAAUUGUGGAAGAGAGAUUGACAGCGCUGACUAUGUCAUCAGGUUUAACAUGGCACCCAUUAAUGACAGUGAUGUUGGGCUGAAGACUGAUUUAAUCACAAUCAAUCCCAGUCAGAUCCUGAGAGGUUACAGAAAUGCGCAAAAGCAACCAGGUCCAUUAAUGCAGCGCGUGAGUGUGUACGGUAAUGCGUCUCUGAUCAUGCCCGCGUUUGCAAGCCCAUUAAACACUCGAACGUCAAUCAGCACUCUCAAAGCACUCUGGCCUCCCAACCCUGAGCUGCAGGUGGUCUUCUUUAGCUCCAGCUACCUCAAGACACUGGACCGUUUCUGGAAAGGACAUGGCCUGAAAGGGAGACGCCUCUCUACAGGUUUUAUGUUAAUUAAUGUUGCACUAGAGCUGUGUGAUCAUGUGCAUGUUUAUGGAUUCUGGCCAUUUGACAUCAAUCUGAAAAAGCAGAUUGUUCCACAUCACUAUUUUGACAAUAAAGGACCCAAAAUUGGUGUUCACUCCAUGCCAGAGGAAUUUCUCCGCCUGCUACAGCUCCACAGCCAGGGGGUGCUAACACUGCACCUGCAGCCCUGCUCAUCAUUUGCAUAGUUUGCAUAUUGACUGAAAUGUGCUUUAUUAUAUCUCAUGGUUAUUUUUAGUUAUAGAAACAAAUUCUUUCUAUAACAUUUACAAGGGGUUUUCUGCUGAUAACUGAGCUGUACAUGGACACUUUACUGGCUUCAAGUGUACUUGAUGUGUAAAUGUUGACAUGUUGUGGUUGAAAUUAAGAAGAAAGUUAACCUUUGGUGUUUAAUGAUUCUGCUAUUUAAUAGAAACUUUUUAAAUAAAAUAAGUAUUACCA